AUGGACAGCUUCGGAAGUACCAAUACUAAUGACAACUACUGGAAAGCUAGAGGAGGUCGGGAGGACAAGACACGUAUGGUAGCCCGACUUCGUGGGGCAGGCUAUGGGGUCAGCAAGCAUGCCAGUAGCGACGCUCUUUACAAUAUGACAUUGCGGAUCGAUACGCAUCAGAUUUGCUAUGAGCAGUGCAGCUCUGCUGAGCUCCUCAAGUUCAAGAAAGACCAUAACGUCUCAAUGACAUAUUCCGACAUGCAGCUGAAGGAUCCCAGAGCUAUGCGGAUGGCUCUCGAAACUGUUCUGUAUGCAGUCGACCGGGAGAUCAAGUUCGAGCGCUUCCGAGGACUGCCAGCAGAGCAGAGAAACAGUAUCUAUGAGUCUGCUAUGGCGCACUUUGCUGACCAACUCAUCACGCCAUCAGUGCCACCGCUAGCUCGAGUAUGCAAGCAGUUGCGCUCAGAAGUGCUCCCUCUGUUCUACGCUGGUCACUCCUUCUUGAUGGAGUACCAAUUCAGUCGUACGACUGGGGAAUACAGAGGCUCCGGCAACCUCUCCAGCUUUCUGAUGGCCCUGGCUAACAAUGAUGGUCUCCGCCAUAUCCGACGCCUGACUGUGAAGGUCAUUGCUUGGCAAGGAGUUCUUCAUGGCCCACGUCGCCAUUUCUCGUCCCAGUUUGAUGUUGCGCUUUGCGGUGCAGAAGGGGAGAGAUCUUCGUGCGAACUCGAUCACGGCCAACGAAGGGGUCUUGCACUGUCGGCUGCAAUGGCGAGGAAGCUGCAGUAUCUGCUGGAUCAGAUCGAUCAUCGGGAUGAUGGGAGUGCGCUCACGAUGCUCGAUCUCCGGGCAUUCCGACAGGUGGGCGAGGAGGAAAUUCUGAUUCAGUCGACCCACGACAUGUAUUUUGUUUUGACUUGA